AUGCACCGCCAUUUGGGGCGGUGGUUAUCCAGAAAAGCCGGUCAAACGGACAAAGAGCCGCCCUCUCCGGGCGGGCGUUCGAGGCUUGAUCCGGCUGAGAAUGCCCAAGACAGCGUCCAAGGCGUCGCACCUGAUGAUCACAAGCCAACACAAUCUCCAGCCUCCUCGCCACAGAAUGCCGGCCGUGAGAGCUUGAAUCCGUCCCCGCAAACAAUUCACGAGUCCCCUUACGGCUUGAAGGAGCUCAUCAGCCAACCGGCUGAGAAGGAGAACGCGGUGGACAUUAUCGCCAUUCAUGGGCUCAACGGCCAUCGUGAGAAGACAUGGACCAGCAAGACGACAGGCCUCAACUGGCUAUGUGACGCGUCCUGCCUCCCGAAAGACAUUCCAAAUGCUCGGGUUUCCAGCUUUGGAUAUAACUCGGCCUCUUAUUUCAGUCGAGGUGACUCGGACGUCCGCGACUUCGCGUCGGAGCUCCUUGCCGCCGUCAGAGCGAGCAGGAAGUGUCAAGCCGUCAUUAAGGCCCAUGAGCAAGAUCACUUCUAUGCAACUUUGCUAGAGAGCAUACAAGGUGUGGUAUUCUUUGCCACCCCCCACAGAGGCUCGGAUCUGGCCUUCUGGGACAGCAUUGGAACUCGCCUUGCGAAGGCCGCAACGCUCGGCUUCACGACCAAUACAAAACUGUCAAAAGACCUCAAAGUCGAUUCGGAGAUGCUGAAACGCAUCUCCGAUUCCUUCGCCUAUCGAGGAGGGGGCUUCAAGAUUCGGAGCUUUUAUGAGACGGAACUUAUGCCUGGCCUCAACUGUCGCGUCGUCGACAGAGACUCGGCCAGGCUGGGCUGGAGCAACGAACUUGACAUCGCAUCACCGGCAAAUCAUUCCAGUGUCUGCAAGUUCCCUUCACCAGCCGACCAACGGUACCAGACAGCUGUCUUCGCUAUACUUGACAUGAUUGGCAUGCCGGAUGAGAGCGUUGACCUUCACUACCAGCACCACCUAGGCCAGAUAGAUGACCCAGUCCCAGGGACGUGCGAAUGGAUUCUCCCGCAUGAAAAGUGGCAGCAAUGGCAGUCCUGGCCGGGCUCGUCCUUGCUCUGGUUCACUUCAAGCGCCGGCUGUGGGAAAUCUGUCAUGGCCAAGUUUCUCGUCGACUACUUCCAGGCCAAGCGAGGAGGAGCAAGGCCAGUCCAAAUCUUUGGAUACUUCUUCUUCAUGGAUGGUAUCGGUCGCCAGGACAACGCAUCGGCUGCGGUAUCUGCUCUUCUACACCAGAUGUAUUGUUCGCAGCAUGGCUUGAUCAAGUACGCCAUGAGGAAAUUCCAAGGCACCCCGACCCACUAUCAGCAAUUCCGGGCGGAGGAUGUUCUCUGGGUCCUGGAUGGACUGGAUGAAUGUGAAGAGCAGUCGCUUCGCCGAUUCAUUCGGGCCCUCUCGUCCUUCUUCGACUCGCAUACCGCCACCGACAGCCGGGUCUCUAGGUGCAGUCUCAAGAUUAUUAUUCUUAGCCGUCCAAGCAGCCUGAUACAGCAAUUUUUGGGCCUGUUCACUGAUAAGGACUUGCUCCACGUCAACCGCGACAACCGCAGAAACAGAUUCAGGCUUGCAGGCGAAGACGAAAACCAGGCAAUCACGACCGACAUUGUUCUAUUCGCCCAGUGGAAGGUCGGCGAGCUUGCGUCGGCUUCUGCGCUUCCGAGGAACGUAUUGGAGCGUCUGCACAAGAGAUUAGUCGCCGGAGCCGACUUUACGUACCUCUGGAUAUCCCUGGUUAUCAAGAUGGUCGAAGACUCGACCGUGAACGGCAUCUCCGUGGCACAGCUGGAGAAGAUUCUCAAUACAACUAGUCUGAAUGAUGUGUAUCGGCACCUCCUCGAGGGGGCAUCUAGGGUAUAUCCUGAAAAGACAAGGAAGCUCUUACCAAUUGUUCUGGCUGCAUUCCGACCAUUAACUGUCGAGGAGAUGUGUGUCGCAGUGGAAGUGGUGGAAGACUACAAGGCAAAGGACAAGGAGUCCACCAGUCAUCCACUGGAACAAGAAUGGUCUGUAAGGGAAAGUACUCUCGGGGUUACCAACCUUCCGGAAAACUGGGAUGAAGAGGUCCCUUUGUCGGUUCAACCGAGGACACAAUCACUCGAGACGCUUGGUCAACAGCUUCACCGGCCCUUUGACAACCACAUCCGCCAGCUUUGUGGUCAUUUUAUCAGGAUAUGGCGCCGCAAACUAUACUUUGUUCACCAAACGGCACGGUCCUUCUUGAUCAACGUGUCCUUCGAAUUGGACUGCAGCCCGGCGCGAACUCUGACCCCUGGCAACAUAUUAGCAGACCAUGUUCUAGCAGGUGAUCCUAGUGGAACUUGGCGGCCUAUCAAACCGGACCAAGCAAACCAAACUCUUCUCAACGUUUGCGUCAGCUAUAUUAAAAUGUUUAACCCUGAGAAGGACGGUGAGGACUCUCCAACAUGGGAUGAUGGGCAGUUGGCAGAGUAUCUGGAGCAGUGUAGGACGGAUCCACCACGAGCCUUCUUCCCAUACGCAGCACUCCAUUGGAUUCAACACUAUCGACCUGUCCGGAAGGCCCUCAACUUUCAGUACGAUGAGCUGCCCCGGCUCGGCACUAACCAUUUCAAGGCGUGGAUCAGAGUUCACAGUACCUGGACGUCAGACCACGAAGAAUCUCCUGGGGCGGUUUGGCUGAAUGAUGGAGUAUCUCGGCGCGAGCAAUCGUUUGAGCUGGCGGAUACUUUGAGGCAGGAUAACUUCCAGAAAAUUUACAAUGGAAGCCUCGAGGACCUCGAGAGGCGCUAUAAGGGUCUCCAUGUGCUUGCAACAGCCAAGCAGGAAGAGGACUUCUAUGAGGUGCUUAUGCACUUUGAUCUUCUUAGUUUGGAGGAGGCAGGACUCGAGGAGGAUGAGUUUUGA